AUUCGCUGCCCUCAUCCUUCAUCGUCCUCCGCCGCCGUGAAUCCGCCUCUGCCGUCUACAUUCCGCCCCCGCUGUCCAGUUAAAGGUUUGAUAGCCGUCAGUUGGUUGCAGCGGUCCGACAUUCCUUAUCGAUCCUUUUUAUCUGUUGCGGUUCUGCUCUCCAACAAGUAUGAGGGGUCGAGGCUCAGGCGGAGGCUCAGGCCGAGGAUCAGGCCGAGGAUCAGGCCGAGGACGGGGGGACCCUACCGAGCCCGUUGAGGAGCAGCAUCGUGAGGAGGCUGGAGGACCUGUUCAGCCUUUGCAGAAGCGUGAGGCAGGCGAGCCCCUGGCCAUUUUGGACAACCAGGGUAGGGCGAUGGUUCGUCCGGACCCUAGCAGGACAAUGUUGCUGGACUCUGGGCCUGUUUCUCGGGCUAUCCGGGAUAUUUUCAGGCAGUGCUGGUUCGAGACUGGAUCAUCAUGGCGCUUUCUGACAACGGACCAGAGGGAGUUCUAUUUUCAGGAAUUUCAGAAGAAGUUCUGGUGGGAUGACUCUGCGUACAGCGAGGAGGUAAUCAGACGGGUCUUCAUGACCCAUGCAGCCACCCGGUACAAAGACAACAUCCACAAGAUGAGGAAAAUGCAAAAGAAGCAUACAUCUGUGAAUCAGGAGAUCUGGGAAGACUGGAAUGCAUUUUGGGACACAGAGAAGGAGAAAAAGAAGUCAGAGACAGCCCGGGCAAACCGGAUGAGUGAGCCUGCGGGCCCUGGUUCCGGUCCUGUCCGUCAUACCGGGGGAUCUCGCUCUGCUAUCAAGCAUAUGGAUGUGAUGGCUAAGGAGCUCGGCCGGAAGCCGACUGCGACAGAGCUGUACAGUCGCCUUCAUAAAACGAAGGCUGAGAAGAAACCAGUCGACAAGAGAGCUCAGGAUAUGACUGACGCCAUCGCUGAGAGGCUUGCUGCUGCGACACAGUCGCCGACCGGAGAGGGGAGCACCUCGAGUCCUGUGGAUGAGACGCAGAUAUUUAUGGAUAUCGAGGGCGUCAACAAGAAGCAUCGGGUGUACGGCCUGGGUUCGGCUACCAGCAGAUAUGUAGGCCCGAGUAUCAGACCGCAGAGAGGCAGCUCUUCACGAACAUCACAGCAGGCGGAUGAGGAGGUCGAGCGCCGUGUGCAGGCCGGCAUCCAGGAGGGCCUGCGGCAGGUUGAGCAGCGGUUGGCGGCGCAGCAGGCCAGCAUGGCACAGAUGAUACGUGAUGAGAUUGCACGGAUGAUGCCGAAUCUCCCACCAGAGUAUCAGCCACAGUUUCCCCCUCCUCCGCCAGACGGUGGCGACACUACAGAUUUGUAGUUUCCUGUUUAUUUUGUUUUCUAAAAUAUAUUAUGUACGAUGUU